CACUCUAUCAACACCCCCACAUGACUGUAAUGGUACGGUCGCCUGCGCUGUCAACCUGACUGCACAUUUGAAGGGCAGUUAGUUUGUCUGCUCUGUUCCGUCUGCCCUAAGAGCACUAUCAUGAACAUGCUUUGCAGAGUUGGUCAAAUACGCAGGUGCGCAGCCAGCCUCAGCCAAACUGUAAACCAGGCAGCUGCAUCAAGGCAGAAGCACACGCUCCCUGACCUGACAUACGACUAUGGCGCCCUGGAGCCCCACAUCAAUGCAGAGAUAAUGCAGCUGCACCACAGCAAGCACCAUGCCACAUAUGUCAACAACCUUAACAUCACAGAGGAGAAAUAUCAGGAGGCACUAGUAAAGGGAGAUGUGACAGCACAGGUUGCCCUCCAGCCUGCUCUGAAGUUUAAUGGAGGAGGCCAUAUUAACCACACCAUCUUCUGGACAAACCUCUCCCCAAAUGGUGGAGGCGAGCCACAGGGGGAGCUGAUGGAGGCCAUUAAGCAUGACUUUGGCUCCUUCCAGAAGAUGAAGGAGAAGAUGUCUGCUGCUACAGUGGCAGUGCAGGGCUCGGGCUGGGGCUGGCUGGGCUACGACAAGGAGAGUGGAAGACUUCGUAUCGGUGCUUGUGCUAACCAGGAUCCCCUGCAGGGAUCUACAGGUCUCAUCCCCCUCCUUGGUAUCGAUGUAUGGGAGCAUGCUUACUACCUUCAGUACAAAAAUGUGCGACCAGACUAUGUUAAAGCUAUCUGGAAUGUCAUCAACUGGGAGAAUGUGAGCGAGCGUCUUCAGACUGCCAAAAAGUAGAAUCUAAUCCUCAAGUACCCCCAUAAGCCCUUUCACCCUGACCUGGACAUGGAUCAAAUAGAAGUUGCAAAUAAUGUUUUCCCUUGCAUGGUGUUUUCUGAUGAUCAGCUGCAUUAAAGUUGAUUAAGUUUAACUUUAAAAUACUUCCUAUAUUAUUGCAGAUUACAUUGUCUUCGUGGCAAACAUACCACACAGGUUGAAGCAAACUUAAAAAAGUGCUUUUUGUCUCACUUUUUUUCAAGCGCACAAAUUGGCCUCCUUUCACAUCAAGGCUGGCUUUUGUUAAUCACACCCAAAUAUUGGCUGCCAUACGUGUAAACUAGGUGUCAGAUAACCAGAUUGCAUAUUCAGAGAGCUUUGUCUUUUGUCAGAAUAACUCUCACUAAAAUCAGACAAUGUUAUUGAAGUCCAUGUUUUUGAUGUAUUAUAAUAAAAUUAUAGGAUUUUGAUUGUAAAA